AGCGAAACAGUAAAAAUUACCGAGUGCUCACUCACCCUUCCAUGGCAUCUCCCAUCCUCCCUUGCUAAGUAAUAAUCUACCUUUGCCGCCUUUUGAUACUAAGCGACUACCAGUUGGAGAACACAUUGCUUUUUUAUCCAUCAAUGGCAGAGGCCCGAAACGACAAAACUCGGUCCCUAGCCGAGGAAUAUUUGUUGAAGGAAAAAGAGAAGGAAGAUGUGAGUUUGACUAUAAAACUUGUGGAGGAAAACAGUGGUGAAUCUGCUGCUGAGGAAAGCUGUGAAACUACUGAAAACUCGGUCUAUCAGGAGGAAGCUGCAGAAGAAUCACCGGAGAUAAAGCUGGAGACAGCACCUGCAGAUUACCGUUUCCCAACUACAAAUCAAACAAGGCAUUGCUUUACCCGUUAUAUUGAGUAUCACCGCUGUGUUGCUGCAAAGGGAGAAGGAGCCACAGAGUGUGAUAAGUUCGCUAAAUAUUAUCGUUCUCUUUGCCCUGGCGAAUGGAUUGAAAAAUGGAAUGAGCAAAGGGAGAAUGGCACCUUCCCUGGUCCUCUUUAGAUGGUGCCUUUUUCGCAAGCUGGGAUGCUGUUUGCUUCCUGCUGUUAAACAUGAGUUGCGAUUUUGAAUCCAUAGAUAAAAUUCUUGGUUGAGAAGUGAAUUCUCAGAUACGCUUUCUAAAAUUUAAUGAGUGAAUAAAAAAUUUUCGGGUUGUCAAUUA